GAGCUAAAAUAACUGAUCAACGGAUGAAAGAAACGGUUGGUUAAGGGGGAACGAUCCAACCGUUGGAUUCACCAGAUCUGUGGGGGAGAACAACAAAGAGAGAGAGAGAGAGAGUCAGUGCCCUCGUCCUUCCUCCUCUAACGUAAAAACCAGAAAUGAAAAAAAAAUGAGGUAGGAGAGAUGACAUCUGGAUCAUAAGGCAUUUCGUCAAGCACGUUGUGCGCAUCUUCUCCAGCGAGGUAGAAUCUCAAAUCUCAACACGAAGAUUGGAAAUCAAAACGUAUUAUUUUUAUUGAUGAAGCUGUCGGCACAAAGAAACGUAGUCAUUGUCUCCGGAGACGCAGAUGUGGGGCAAUCUCGCAGACACAACAGAUCUUAGCUUUUGAAGGAUCCAGAUCGGUCCACCAAUACUUGAUUUGCAUCAUAUAGAAAAGAAAUAAUGUCAAUGGGAGGAGAUUGUUUUGUUUGGUGAGAUCAGCUUGGGUGAGAAUGACAUUCGAAGAUUGAGAAAGAAAGAGCUUUAGAUCAAUUUUGGGUGGAUCCGAUAAACUCAACGACAAAUUAGGUUUUGGAUCGGAGUCUAUGACUCUAUGGCAUCAUCAUUGCUUUAUUUGAUCGCUUAGAAUUACUUUAUUAUUUUUUUUUCUUUUGGCAUUGGAUCUCUCUUUCUCUCAUUGAUGGCAUCGGCUUCUCAAUACAUGAUGAUGGAAGAUCAGACGGAUGAGGAUUUCUUCGAUAAACUUGUCGAUGAUUCCUAUUCCCCCACCCAAGCUCAGGCUUCGUCUUCUGCCAAACAGAUGACAUUCGAUGACGGUAGUGACUCAGAUGACAUCAGAGCCUUUUCGAAUCUCUCUCUUGUUAAAGGCGAUGAAAAUGGGACAUUGAAUGAAGCUGCAGAGCCGGGGAACAACGACGUUGGCUCGAGUAAAGAAGAGCCUUCAUCUAUUGCUUUGGAAGAAGAAGAAGAUGAUGUCGUCCAGAAUGAUGCUAAUAAUAAUAAGUUAAGUGAUGAUGAUGUGAUGAGACUGGAAGUGGAUGAUGAUGAUGAUAAGCCGCUGUCUGAAACAGGUAAAGAAAGCAAGGUGGUUAAUGAGGCAGGGGGGAGUCAUGGGGUUAAGGAGAUUGAUUGGGGCGCCUUUGGUGCGGAUUCGUCUGCAAAUGACGGUCGUGGCUUUGGUUCUUACUCUGAUUUCUUCACCGAGUUUGACGGACAUUUACAAGGGAAGGCGGAGGUUGAUGGUGGAAACUUGGUAUCCAAUGCUGAUGAUACAAACAACACAAGCGUUGUUGCCUCGGCAGGUUUCGAGCAACAACAUCAGGGUGAAGUGGUUCUGGAUUCUACAAGUGGGCAGUACGUGGAUAACAGUCAAUCUUGGGAGAAUAUGUAUCCUGGGUGGAGAUAUGAUGCAAAUACUGGCCAAUGGUAUCAAGUUGAUGGUCAAGAUGCAAGCAUGAUUUCACAGGAGAGCUACGGUAACUCAGCGAGUAACUGGGAAGGCGUUGCUGCUGAUAAUUCAACCGCUACAGUGGCUGAGAAUGUGUCUGCUUGGAACCAGGUUUCACAAGUGAGCAAUGGAUAUCCAGAGAACAUGGUCUUUGACGCCCAGUAUCCAGGGUGGUACUAUGACACAAUUGCUCAAGAAUGGCGCUCUCUGGACAGCUACAACCAGGCUUCUCAAACACCUCAAGCCCAUGAUCAGAAUGGUCAUGCUAUGUAUCACAAUAAUAGCGAGAGUAGCAUGUAUAAUGUUAAUGAUACAAAACAGACAUUCCAAGGCCAAGAAUUUGGUAUGCAGAGCCAACAAGGAAGUUGGGACCAAUCUUACUCUGCCAACAACCAGCAAACUACAAACACAUGGCAAUCAGGAAAUGGAGGUCAGGCGGAGGCAGCUGUAACUUCUGCCUCGUUAUCAAAUUUUGGAGGAAACCAGCAAGUAAAUAAUUUGUACAACACAAGAUCUGUGGCUGAACAGUUCAAGCCAAAUGAGACUGGAGUUCAAGGCUUCAUCCCCCAGCAUAUGAAUGUGGCUAGUGUCACGCAGAAUGGACCAUUGAGUUUCUCAAAUGAUUUUUAUAAUAGCCAGCAGCAAUACGUAGAUGAUGUUCAACAGUCAUACCAGAGCAAUCAGGUUUUCUCCCCAAGUGCAGGAAGAUCACCUGAUGGGCGUCCACCACAUGCACUUGUCAAUUUUGGGUUUGGCGGAAAGAUCAUUGUUAUGAAGGAUGAUAAUGGUUCUUUCCAGAAUUCAUCAUUUGGAAGUCAGAAGGGAACUGGGGGAAGCUCUAUCUCUCUCGUAAACUUGGCAGAAGUUAUUUGUGGGAGUGCCUCUUAUCCAAGUCCUGGGGAAAACUCUUCCAGUUACUUUCAUUGUCUGCAUCAACAACCUCUUCCAGGUCCCUUGGUUGGAGGAAAUGUUGGAAGUAAAGACUUAAAUAAGUGGUUUGAUGAGAGAAUCUUACACUGUGAAUCUUCUGGCAUGGAUUUUUCUAGUGGGAAGCUUUUAAAAAUGCUACUUUCUUUGCUCAGAAUAUCUUGCCAGUAUUAUGGGAAACUCCGGUCUCCUUUUGGAACUGAUACAACGCAGAAGGAAACGGAUUCUGCCGAGGCAGCAGUCGCUAAACUUUUUGCAUUUGCCAAGAAAGAUGCCGUACAAAAUGGUUAUGCUCCUUUUAGCCAGUGCUUGCAGCAAUUACCACCAGAAUCACAACUGCAAGCAACUGCUUCAGAGGUACAGAAUCUUCUGGCUUCUGGUAGGAAAAUGGAAGCUCUCCAAUGUGCACAAGAAGGUCAUUUGUGGGGACCUGCACUUGUUAUUGCGGCUCAACUUGGCCAACAGUUCUAUGGUGACACUGUCAAACAAAUGGCCCUUCGCCAGCUCGUACCUGGGUCACCUUUACGGACAUUGUGCCUUCUGGUUGCAGGGCAACCCGCUGAAGUGUUCUCCACUGGAAGUACAAGCGAUCUCAGCUCUCCUGGUUCCUUAAAUGUGCCUCAACAGCAAGCCCAGUUUGGAAGUAGCAGCAUGCUUGACAAUUGGGAAGAGAAUCUGGGUGUAAUAACUGCCAACAGGACCACAGAUGAUGAACUUGUGAUAACACAUCUUGGAGAUUGCAUGUGGAAAGAAAGGGGCGAGAUAAUGGCAGCGCAUAUUUGCUAUUUAAUCGCGGAUAAGAACUUUGAUCAAUACUCAGAUAGUGCCAGACUUUGCCUUGUCGGAGGGGACCACUGGAAAUAUCCUCGAACAUACGCAAGUCCAGAGGCUAUACAGAGAACAGAGUUAUAUGAAUACUCCAAGACGCUGGGAAACUCUCAGUUUAUCCUGUUACCGUUUCAACCAUAUAAAGUCAUAUAUGCCCAUAUGCUGGCUGAAGUUGGUAAACUUUCGGCUGCACAAAAGUACUGUCAAGCAGUAUUAAAAUGCCUCAAGACUGGCCGAUCUCCUGAAGCGGACACGUGGAAACAGUGUGUUUCGUCACUGGAAGAGAGAAUCCGUAUCCACCAACAGGGUGGAUAUACUGCGAAUUUGGCUCCAACAAAACUUGUUGGAAGACUGCUAAACCUUUUUGAUAGCACGGCAAAUCGUGUUGUUGGGGGCAUGCCGCCACCUGCACCACAUUCAACAACAGGAAGCCUUCAGUCAAAAGAGUAUCAUCACCAACAGCAGGAAGCUACUAAGUUACCUUAUAGUCAAUCGGUGAAUACAAUGUCAUCACUGAUGCCACCUGCUUCAGUGGAAUCUCUACAUGAGUCCGGUGGGAAUGUGAAGAGAACGGCAGUACAUACAAGAAGUGUAUCAGAGCCAGACUUCGGUAGAACGCCAAUACAGGAUCUGGCUGACUGUCCAAAAGAAAAGGUUGAAGGGGCGACAAAGUUGAAAUCAUCUGGGAGUGUGACAGGUUCGAGGUUUAGUCGAUUUGGUUUUGGCAUGCUAAAGGACACGGUAGGGAGGGUCUUACAGUCUCGGUCAUCAUCGAAAGAGGCAAAACUGGGCGCAGAAAAUCAAUUCUACUAUGAUGAUAAACUAAAGAGAUGGGUGGAGAAAGGUGUGGAACCCCCAGCCGAGGAAGCUGCACUGCCUCCUCCUCCAACAUUAGGCACUUACAAAAACAACUCACUGAGUUAUGAAAACAAAUCUGAGAUGAAUCCACCUAGCGGGAGCUGGAGUUCCAACGGCCCAACUCCGUCAGAGAAUUCUUCAGGAAUGCCACCACUCUCACAGAGUUCGAAUCAAUUCUCAGCUCGUGGACGUAUGGGUGUGCGCGCAAGAUACGUUGACACCUUUAAUCAAGGUCGUGGAAACUCUCAGACCAUGUUUCAGUCACAUCCUGCACAAUCUGCUAAACCACCAAUCCCUGCAAAAGCAAAAUUCUUUAUCCCAGCAACACCUGCAUCGUCUUCAAACGGCCAUGCAUCGGAACCAGCUGCUACUGAAACAAGACAGGAGGAGAACUCUGCAGAGGAAGUAGCAGCAUCUUCAAGGGCUCCACCACAAAUGACGAUGCAGAGAUUUCCAAGUAUGGACAACAUCCAAGUAAAUGGAUUGGGAAUAAGCGCCAACGGGGAUCAUCCUCCUCCUGCUUCCAGAAGAACAGCUUCAUGGAGCGGAAACUUCAACACCUCGUUUACGUCUCCAACUAGUCCACCAACUUUCAAACCAGUCUUACUAAACGGUGGCAGCAUAGUAGAGGAGCUUCAGGAAGUGGAACUUUAAAGUCACCAAGUUUGUGGUGAGUGUUGCAGGUAGGGAAGUUCUCGACACAUAAACCAAUCGAUUCCUUAUUUGAUCCAUGAGGAAAAUAGGGAGCCUCCUUCGUCUUCUUCAACUAUAGGGUCAUGCAGUAUAUUGCAGUUAGUAUAGAUGAUUCAUUGCUUCAUUUGAGUUUUGAGAAUGGAACCACGAGUUAUUUUCAGAAACUUGCAAAAUUAUAGCCUUUUAUAAUAAGGUCAAAUCUGACCAAUGUUUUCCUGUAUUUGGUAUUCAUUAUUUUUUUGUGAAGAGAGGUAAGGAGGAGUUGCACAAUGUUAUGUUACACAACUUGUAUUUAACACAUUUUCUGACCAUUGUUUUUCUUUAUGGAAUAUAUGUUUACAUAAAUGAAAA